AUGUCUCCGUAUCCAUCAACAGAAAAGGAGACAACUGCCUUGCUGCUGCUGCUGCUGCUGCUGCUGCUGCGCCUGCAGAGCAUCGGCUGUCCCCUGCCGCAGAAGCCAGCCAUAGAGAUAGAGUCAAAAGAACCCCAACCACCUAACAAACACCAGCAGCAGCAGCAGCAGAAGGACAGCAGCUGCAGCAGCAACAGCAGCAACAGCAGCAACAGCAGCAACAGCAGCAGCAGCAGCAGUAGCGGCAGCAGCAGCAGCAGCAGCAGCAGAAAAGGAGAUAUAGAUAGGAGAAAGGAGACAGAUACAGAGGAGACAAAUGAAAAGGAGACAGACUGGGGAUAUAAAGAAGCAGCAGCAGCAGCAGCAGCAGCAGCAGCAGCAGCAGCAAGAGCAGCAAUAACAGAAAUAGCAACAGCAGCAGCAGCAAUAGCGGAGAAGGCUGCCAUCGCUCCCUCAAAGGAUAAAAGAAGCAGCAGCAGCAGCAGCAUCACAAGCAGCAGCAGCAGCACCACCACCACCACCACCACAACCAGCACCAGCAGCAGCAGCACCACCACCACCACCACCACAAGCAGCAGCAGCAGCAGCAGCACCACCACCACCACCACCAACACCACCAGCACAACCACAAGCAGCAGCAGCAGCAGCAGCGGCAGCAGCAGCAGCGGCAGCAGCAGCAGCAGACGGACCUGGUUUGCUGCUGCUGCUGUCUCCCCCUCACCAGCAGCAGCAGCACCAGCAGCAGCAGCAGCAGCAGCAGCAGCAGCAGAUGUAGAUGUAGCAGCAGAUGUCUCCUCUCCCUCCUCAUCCUCCCCCAGCGUGCAGAGACAUGUCCCCUUCGUGUACACUGUGUGCGGCCUGCAGCAGCAACAGCAACAGCAGCAGCAGCAGCAGCAGCAGCAGCAACAGCAGCAAAUGCUAAACCACAGCACAACCCUCUUCAGGGCGGCAAGAUACCACCCAUUGCAAGCAGCAGUAGCAGCAGCAGCAGCAACAGCAGCAGCAGCAGGUAGCAGCAGCAGCCCCCAAGGACUCGCAAGCACCAACAGCAACCGCAGCAGCGCCAGCAGCAGAAAUGGGAACAGCAGCACUGCCAGCAGCAGCAACAAAGGCAGCAGCAGCAGCAACAAGAUCAGCAGCAGCAGGAACAGCAGCAACAAGAGCAGCAGCAGCAGUCACAGCAGCAGCAGUAACAGCAACAGCAGCAGCAGUCACAGCACCAGCAACAGCAACACCAGCACCAGCAACAGCAGCAACAAGAGCAGCAGCCACAGCAGCAGCAGCAUCAGCAGCAGCCACAGCAGCAGCAGCAGCAGCAGCAGCAGCAGCAGCAGGAGCAGCAGCAGCUGA